UUACGAGGUGACGUGUACCGGAAGACAUGUCAACUGGACUGCCUGACAGUUUUUACACGAUCAAUGAAAGAUAGACGUUAGCUGUGUCGCCUUAUUACUAUCAUUCUGUGUCCGUUCACUAACCCUAUAAUGGUUGUGCUGUCCUACAUGUAAGCUUUACACCUUUACAUCUUUAAACAUAUGUUUAGAAAGAGUUCUUGUGUUCGUGUAUCCUAGCAGGUAGCUAUCAUCGGCCGUCACAGCUUCGUGGCAACUGUCACGCCAUCAUCCCCAUCAGGGACAUCCUGCUGCCCACAGGUGUUGCCUGAGGUUUCUGAUCGUUCACUGCAGUCAUGGCCAGUCCAAAUGAUCUACAAUUUCAAGAGUUCGAGGAGGCAGCAGAGCUCCUGUCUUCAAACCCCGGAGCCUCCACACUGAGCAUGUCAGUCUCAAACACCAGCAACACUACAGCACCAGCAGGAGGAGGAGGCGGUGGAGGGGGAGGAGGAGGAGAGGAGGUGAAACUGGACCUGUCAGAUGAUGAGGAGGGUCAAGAGGAGAGUUCAGAGCUGUUAAGAGGUCAGAAAGCUACCGGUGGAUUCUGGACCUUUGAGUACUAUCAGUCUUUCUUUAAUAUUGACACAGUACAGGUCCUGGAUCGAGUUAAAGGCUCUGUGAUGCCAUUACCUGGGAAAAACUUCAUCAAGCAUCACAUCAGGAGCAACCCCGACCUUUAUGGUCCAUUCUGGAUCUGUGUGACCCUGGUGUUCUCGGUAGCGAUCAGCGGGAACUUGUCCACGUUCCUGAGUCAAAUGGGAAACCCUGCGUAUCACUACAGACCGCAGUUCCACAGAGUGACGAUAGCUGCAGUUGUGAUUUUUUUGUACGCCUGGCUUGUGCCUGUCUGUCUGUGGGGUUUCCUGACCUGGCGGCAGGGGAACGAGAGGCAGGUUGGAGGCUAUUCCUUCCUGGAGACCGUGUGUGUGUACGGCUACUCGCUCUUCAUCUACAUCCCCACCUCUGUUCUGUGGAUCAUACCGUUCGAGUGGUUACGCUGGACGCUGAUCCUCAUAGCCAUGGUGAUCUCCGGCUCCGUCCUGGUCCUCACUUUCUGGCCUGUGGUCCGUGACGACACCAAGGUGAUGGCAGUGGCUACAGUCGCCACCAUCGUGGUUCUUCACACGCUGCUGGCCGUCGGCUGUAAGAUGUACUUCUUCCAGACAGCAGCUCACAUACCAGCACCCCUCACUACGGCCACCCCAGCUCAAGUCACACUGGUCACUAACCCUCACUGACCAGCAGGAAGGAGGAAGAGGGGGAGAAGGAGGAUGUUUCUGUUGCAUUCAAAUCACAUGCAGACAUCAAACUGUACAGACUGUCGGGUUGAGGCAAUAGAAGCUGUUGCCGUUCUAUGAUUUGUGGAGCUGAUGAAGAGCAGGGAUGUGUGUGUGUAUGUUUUUCUAACUUAUACGCAGGUGGUUCUUCUGUGACUGAAGUAGCACUUUGUUCGCCGCAAUAAUUGUACAUUUCUACUGUGAUGGUGCAUCUCAUGAGUCUGACAUGGCUUCCUUCACACUUGUACUUGUGACAUUUCUCAUUUCACGACCAGUGUUUAAACAGAAGUUAAAAAAGAGACGAUGUGAAGAGUCAGGAGAAGAUGAAACCAGUUACAAACAUUUAAAAAUGCUGCCGCAAAUCAGUCCGUUUUAAAGCUGUCAGAAGGACAAAAAUCCCAACGCUGUGGCAUCCUACAACUACAUCUUAAGAUACAGCUAAUUUCAGUUUGAAACAUGGUGCUGAUCCAAGACAUUGUUUAAAACAAAAAGCACCUAGUUUGUGAGAUUGUGCGCCCCUCUUUAAAUCUGUUGUAACUGAGAGUCCCAUAUGAUGUAUAGGAGGCUUGUACUUGUGAUUAAAGUAAAAGAAGGGCUGCCACAAUGAUUACUUUUUAUUUGUUGCUCAGAAGAUGUGUAAAAACAAAAAAAUGGUGCCAGCGCCAACAGGGAAUGGGUGUUUUAAUUGAUAGUGCAUUGAAAAGUUAUGUACCUUAGAUGAGAAGCUUGAAGAUGGGACACUGUGGCUUAGAUCAGAGAAGCUCUAGCGCUGAUGCUGGUGUAUUUAUGAAUCACAGUAAGUCUGACCGUAUAGGUUGUCCCAGGAUCCUGAGCUGUCAUUCACUGUAUUAUUCACAACUGUACUUUUGCUGCGUUUACUUAGUAUUGCUCAAACUAUACUUUUGAGUAAAGCUUAGAAUCUUUGAGCUGUAGAUGAAAGUCUAAUGGCAACUGCUUCGGAAUGACAAUAUCAAUACAAGUACAGUUUAUUGAAGAUAUUAAAGAAGUCGUCACAACACCAUUAAGCUAAUGUAGACUUUUGAAUGAUGUAACUACAAGUUUGUAGUGCUUUUAUAGCAUGAAUGCAACACUUUCCAGCAGUCUAAAUGUAAGAAAAAGACUCCAAAUGUGACUUUAAGUUGUUAUAACUUGGGGGAUCCCUAAAUACCCGAACGAGCAGUCAUCAAGCUAACAUUUUAUUUUGUCCAAUAAGAGUUCUUAUUAAAAACCUGAGAAAGUAUGAUACUCCAGCCUCAGCCUAGUUUGGCCUUAAAAAGCAAAUAUUAGCAUGCUAAAGCUAAGCUAAGAUAAUGAACAGGGUAAAUAUUUUACUAGCUAAACAUCCGCCUUCAGUUGUCCUCGCACAGCAACACAGGUCUGCAUAAAAAGUGACAUGCUCUCAAUUGUUUUCUGUCCAUUCAUCAUUUUAUUAACUAACUUGACUCAGUGAAAUCUUUACAUAACUCUCCUGGAAAUUCCUGUGAAUGUAUCCCAUAAUGCUUCAGUCACAGACAUGUGAAACGACACCGUGUCAGACGGUAAUGCAAGGUUAUGAAUGUGAAAAAAGAAACGUCUGCUGGUGUACCUCUCAGCUUCUCCUCCGUAAGACAGCUCUGUCAACAUGAAUUAAGUUGCUUUAAUUUAACUUUGGUUUAUUCUAAUUUGAGGAAAAGGUUGUUCUCUACAGGAGUAUUUAUUUCCUACUGUCAUGCUGUCUUUUUUGUUAAUAAACUUACAGUCUGACUAC